CAUACUAAGAUGGUUUGGACAAUACCCAAUAUAUUCACAUCCCUACUAGUUAUUAUCAGUCUUUUGACUACUCGAAGUUAAAGUAAACUAGACCACUACUCCACUAGAGUACAAUAACAUUCUCCUAAGAAGAAAUCAACUGUUGGAAUUAUUUUGGUAUGUAAUGGUAGUAGUAAACAGCCUUAAUUAUGGCAUCCAAGCCAACUUGGAAAGCCCAAAUAGUAAUAGUGGGAUUGUUGAAGAAAUCAACACCUCUCAUUUCCUUAAUGAAGCUAUUUGAGGGAGAUAAAAGGUUCCACUUAUCCUACAUAAAAAGCACUAUAGCGAAUAAACAAUCAACAUAAUUACAUGUUUAUGUAUGAUUCCACAAGAUAGUCGUCACCCAAAAGUACAAGUGGAUCGAUUAAUAGGUAAGGCCGGCUUGAGGGGUUUAAUCACAUAGCCAAGGGUGUCUAAUUCAAUCAAUUCAUCAAUUGUGAUUACAAGAGGUUUUAAUUUCUUUCUAAAUUAAUUGGGUCAUUAUCCAAAGUCCAAUCACAAAUUUGGAUUUUCCAACUCUCUAUUAUUGGAUUGCCAUAUGGUUUGUGUCGAUAAUGGAUGCUCCAACUAACUUACAUCUGUCGGUUAAAUUUAUGUUUUGACACAACUAACUUUUUGUGCUUGGGAUGUCACCAUUCAUAUAACUAAUGUAAACCAAUGUGGGAAAAAAAAGGAGCAAUCUAAUCAAUUGGGUCAUUCUUUUUUAUUUAUGAAUUACCAAGCAUUCUUACACAAAUAGUAACUUGUGGGCAAGGUGAAACAGAGCUUUCAGCUUUCAUAAUUUGUCAGUCCAAUACAUUAAUUUUAUAUUUUUGGUUAAAUGGGUGUAUGAGAUAUUACAAUAACUAGGGUUAGUUUCACCAUGUCGUACGAGGCAUCAUGAUUAAAAAAAUUGAAUGACAACAAAUCUUAAUUAAACUCUUGCAUGAAAAUAAUUAUUGAAAAUAUUUUUCGCAGAAAUAUAUUUGAUGUGUACUCGACAUUUUUUUAUCAAUUGGCUUUUCAAAGUACCACCAUACAUUUGAUUAAAUAAGUUAUUAAUUGUGAGGUCAUGAGGAUUCGAACAUGUGACGUCUAGAUCGAAGGCUCUUAUACCAUACCGAGAACAAAUUGAUCUCAAAUUUCAAUAACUCGAGUUGAUAAUAGAGAUGAAAAAUGAAUUCUAUACUAUUCCCCUCCCAACUAAGUUUUUUUUUUUUUUUUGCAAAAGAUAAUCUUAUAUUGAUUCAAGAAAAGAUAAUUACAUCCUGGUUCCUAGCCAGGUCUGAAAAUAAAAAACACAACUCAUAGUCGGAGACAAAGAAAUGGCCUUCCUAGCCACCCUGUGGGCUACCCUAUUGUUAUUCCGACCUACAAACCGCACACCCAACCCCGGAUGAGAAUCAAAGUAGAGUAAAACUUCUUCUAGAAUAGCCCCCACCCAGUUAUCACUAGCCUGCCGCGAAGUAUCUUAUCGAUAACCACCUUGGCAUCUCCUUCAAACCUAACCAUCGCGAACCCAAGUCCCAAACACCAGCCAAUAGCCUCUCGAAGGGUCAGUAAUUCAACGACCAUAGGGUCAACCACUUCAGGAAAUCUGACCCCCCUAGCCAGCAACAGAUCAUGAUUCGAGGUCAUAAGCACCAUACCACCAGCUGAGGGAGCACCCUGUCUGGUAGCCCCAUCCUAGAGGCAGACGACCCUAGCAUCGCCUACCGGGGAAGCCGGGGGGAUAGACGUGGUAUGCGGAGGCAGAAUUCGAUCCAUUGGCAAGUUCAUCCACUCCUCAUAUUGCUGAUAAAAUUGUCGCAUCAAGGCUGGGAUCCCAAACUGUUUGCCUUCAAAAAUCACCCAGUUCCGAGAGCGCCAUAUCCGCCAGAGGACCGCGGCCAACGCCAUAAACAAAUCCGGCUGAUGAAUGAGAGCCAUUACUCUUUUCAGAAACAGAGGGAAAGUAUGGGUAGGCAAACCCUGCCCUAGAAACUCCAACCCCGAGAGGUCCCAAAGUGCACGUGCCACUGUACAAAAGAGAAAGAGAUGCUCCAACGUUUCCGUUUCCGCCCAACACACUGGGCACCUGGGGUGUACCUGAACCUCUCUCUCAAUAAGAGCUUCCGUAGUUGGGAGGAUCCGAUUCAAAAUCUGCCAAAGGAACACCUUCAACUUUGGUGGGACAUUCGCUCCCCAAAGACGGACCCAGCUUGCCUUAUCCAUCCAACUCACCGACGAGCAUCACCCACCCUUAUAUUUAUCCAGAAGAACCGCAAGAUGGUACGCCGACUUAACAGUAAAUUGACCAUCCGCCGUAUCAUGUCAUAUAAGCCUAUCCGGUAUCUGAUGCCGAGGGAGGGGGAUUGUCUUAAUUGCCUGACAAGUAGGGGAUCAAACCAUUGCCCCAGUUUGGUGUCACACCACCGCCCUCUCCGGGGGCACAAAACCUCCGCCACACAAACUAAGUUACCGUGGUAAUUAGGUUAACAAAUUUUGCGUAUAUGUUUUGGCCUUCUCCAUUCCUUUCAAAUAAGUCAUGUUUGCCACGCUACAACAAACAAUAGAAUAUACAAAGGCGAACUUAAGUUGCUGAUGCAAAUUAUGGAACGAAUCCUCUUUUAUCUACAAUCAAAGAUAACUGCAACCCCACUACUCCAGAAAAUACCUACCUAGCUACACCUAAUUCCACACCAGCUUUAUCUCCGUAAUCAAAGGCUAUGUUUAGCUUUUGCUUAAAAAUGUAAAAGUUUUGUUAUACAUGUCGUUUCAAGUUUUACAUCACUAGCGUUUAGGAAUUACACAAAAAAAUCCAAUAUUUAGGAUAUUAUCCAAACUCGUCUUAAUUUGAAGGUCCAAUACGGUAAUAUUUGUUACAAAAUUAAACUACAAAAAUAUAAUAAAUUAUGUGAUAACAUAAAUUCGAUAAAUUCACACUGACAAUUAUGACAAAAAAAAAAAAGAUAUAUAAAUCAAUGAGGAGAUACCAUAACUUGCCAAACGACCCCGAAUCUUGAUUUUGGAGAAGCAUGCAAUUGGGCCGGCGGUAAUUUUCAAGAAAGGCGUUAUUGCUUAGGUCAACCGGGCGUGGGUUAUAAGACCGUUGGGUUGGGCGGAAGGAAGGGGGUUACAACUUACAGGAGCUGGCCGUAUAACUGGAAACAAAUUCCAGCCUUCGAUUUGCAGAAUAGAGUUGCAGAGGAAAAUCAUAUAAGCUUAUGUAACCGAGCUUUUUUUUCAUUGCUGCUGUUGAGGGGAAGAUAGUUUUUUCUGAAAUGGAAAUCGCUUGUCAUCAAACUUCAGAAAUGCAAGAGCCCAGCAUCGACACCGACAAACUCAGUUACGAAAUCUUUUCCAUCCUCGAGAGCAAGUUUCUCUUCGGCUACGAUGAUCAGAAGCUCUGGGUUCCCAAGCAAAUUUCUCCCGCGCUGGCGGUGGAGCAGAAGCCCGACCCUCUGUUGCCGGCGAUUCCCGCGGCCGACGGGGGAAACGGCGUCGCUGCAAUCAAGAACCAGCGCGGCAAAAUCUGCAUACUCUCAAUUGACGGUGGAGGGAUGAGAGGGAUUCUUGCCGGGAAGGCGCUGGCUUACCUGGAACAGGCGCUCAAGACGAAAUCGGGCGACCCAGACGCGAGAAUCGCCGAUUACUUCGACGUGGCGGCGGGAACGGGCGUCGGCGGCAUCUUCACGGCGAUGCUGUUCGGGUCCAGAGACCAGACCCGCCCGAUUAUGAAGGCGGAGGAGACGUGGAAGUUUCUUGCCGACAACGGGAAGCGGUUCUACAGGUCGUCGGGGAACGGCGCCGGCGGGUUUCUGAAGCGGGCUUUCAAGUCCGGGUCAUCCGGGUCGGGUUCGGCGACGGGCGGGUUGGAGAAAGCAAUGAAAGAGACGUUCACGGAGAAAGGCCGGCAGUUGACUCUUAAAGACACAUUGAAGCCCGUUUUGAUCCCUUGCUACGACCUCUCCAGCACGGCGCCGUUUCUCUUCUCCAGGGCGGACGCUCUCGAGACCGACAGCUUCGAUUUCCGGCUGUGGGAGGUUUGCCGGGCGACGUCGGCCGACCCGGGGAUGUUCGAACCGGCUCAAUUAAGGUCAAUCGACGGUCGGACCAAGUGUUUGGCGAUCGACGGCGGGCUAGCGAUGAGCAAUCCGACCGCGGCGGCGAUCACGCACGUGCUCCACAACAAACAAGAAUUCCCUUUCGUCCGCGGCGUGGAAGAUUUGCUAGUGCUAUCCCUUGGCACGGGCCAGCUGCCUGAAGUCAGCUACGAUUACGAACAGGUGAAAACGUGGAGGGCCAAGCACUGGGCUCGACCCAUGGCUCGAAUUGCCGGCGAUGUCUCCGCAGAUUCGGUGGACCAGUCGGUGGCCAUGGCUUUUGGUCAAUGUCGGAGCAGUAACUACUUGAGAAUUCAGGCAAAUGGGUCCUCCAGAGUAGGGAGGUGUGAAGGCAAUGUGGACACAGACCCUAGUCCUAAGAACGUGAAGAUGCUGUUGGGAAUGGCAGAGGAAAUGUUAAAGCAGAAAAAUGUGGAGUCAGUGCUAUUUGGGGGUAAAAGGAUAGGAGAAGAGAGUAACUUUGAGAAGCUGGACUGGUUUGCAGGUGAGCUCGUGCUGGAACACCAGAGGAGGAGCUGCAGAAUUGCUCCCACUGUUGCUUUCAAGCAAGUUACUACUCCACCCAGACCCACCACCCCCAGGAAGAAAAAUUAAUCAACCACCCCCCAAAACAAACAAGGUAAGCUUCUUUAUACGUUCUGCCCCUCUGCGACUUACCAUCUUUUGCUACUGUGGUUUGUUUUUGCUUCCUUUGGAACUUUGCAUUAAUAAUUACAGUUAUACUGUUUUCCCUUUAGAAAAAGAGCAUAUUAGUAGGACCGUUUAGUCUUGGAAUCCAGAUAGUUAAGUGGGGAGGGGAGAGUUCUUUAUUCUCCUUUUUUAACCAAACCUUCAUUUUGGUUGUUGUUAAUGGAGGGGUAUAGUUCUCGUCUCUGAGGACUUAUGUAGCUAGUCUCGAUGCCACUACUGCAGGCCAAGCUACUUUCCAUUUUUGAAGGGUUAUUGAUGGUGGUUUGACUGGUUUCAAUUACCAUACAAUGCCGUUUUAACAAAUAAGUUCACAUAGUAUAACUUUUAACAAAUAUGUCGAUUUGUUCUGUCAUUUCUUCAGUUCUACGCCCUGGAGACUAAAGUUAAAUUAGCCAAGUUAGUUACUAUUAGGGUUCACCUGUGCUUAGUGAGCACUUUCCGACGACUCGCAUAUCAUCUAUAUUGAAAAUUUGUGUUCUGCCCCUAAUUCGACUCACGAAUGACGUCUUAUUUCGCCUUUAUGCUACAUCUGUCGUUCGGGAGUUAAUAUGGUCGAGAUUAAUUGAUGGGGCCGAGUUGAGGACGGAUUUCAGCAUAGGUGAUAUGUGAAUUUGUUACAAGGUACUUUAGGUACUUUGAUGUUCAAGCACAAGCUACAUGUUUUCGCAAUAAUAUGAUGAGAUGUAUUGUCGUCUUCUUUUUUUUAGCCAUGGAAGUUGUCAUUGUCAAUGUGUUUGGGAUUGAAAGGUCAGCAGGCCUCACAGUCAGUUGUUAUUGUUGCUGGUGGACGUGUAUGAAAGCUUAGGAGAGGCCAAAUGGCCACCGCCAUUACCAUAUAGCUCUAACUAGUAACUACAAGCGGGUAGAGAGAGCACAAAAACAAAGGGAUAUGAGGUGGAAACCCUACACCCAAACUCUGUCGGUCUACCGACACUCAUUCUGUUGUCUUUUGUGUUGGGGAUUAUACGGGGUCGCUUGGUCAUCUUUUCAUUUUGUGGGGCAGCCAUCUUUGGAAGCAAAUAAAUGUGAGAAACCUUGAUCACUGAGCUAGAGGUUAAUGUAGCACAAGUGCAAAACACAACUAGAUAUAGAACACCCUCGUUAGAUUGGAUUGGAAUUCUGAUGCGUUCUUAUCUGUCAUCUCUUCCUUCGCUAAACGAGUUUGUUCACUUUUUGAUGAUUUAGAACCUAUCAUCAAUGAAUUGUUCCAAAUAUG